GUGAUUUAUUGUGUAUAUUAUUUAUAUAUUAAAACAUUCAAGAAGUGCUACGCCGAAAUUCAUAAUUUUUUUUUCGAUAAAUUUUAUCGGCUGAUCCGGGCGACUCCAUAAUUUUUUUUAGAUAAGAGAAAAGAGGUGUUUUAAAAUUUAUCCCUACAUGAUCUCGUCGUGUAUUAUUCAGUUAACACAAAACUGUUAAAACACUUUUUAGAUGUUGUAAAGGUACGACAUUAUAUUAUUCAACCUCUUCUCUUGUUAAAUAUGUUAAAUGUAUCCGUAUAUGUUCACUUGUAAAAACCUCAAUAGUAAAUAGGAAAUUCACAAAAUGUACAUGGUACCAGAAUUUUAACAACAACAAAAAAUACAUUCUACCAAAGCUCUUAAUCGACAUCCCUAUUAUUUUCUUCUCAUUUUUUCACUUCUAAUUUUCUUCUCAAUUAGAGGUAGUAUCAUUGUACAAUGAAACAUAGUCAAUUCAUAUAGUCAUAUAUAUGCAAUGCCGAUAUAUAUGAGGUCCUAUACAAAAUAAAAAAUCAGGCUCCUAAAUAAUAUAUUAAAAGAUCAAAUAAAUUCAAUUUUACAAUAAAAACAAAUCAUAAUGUCCUAAAACCUAAUAAACUAUAUCAACUUAAGAAAUUAAAUCUUCUUAUAUAUUUUUGAUAAAUCAUCAAAUUUUUAUUUCAUAGUUUUUGGAUCACAUUAUUUUGUACUCGACAAGAUAACCAAACCAAUUAAUCUUACAUGUGAUUGAUUUGAUUGUAAGUAUACUUUAUGAAAAUUGAUGUUAAUCAGACAAACAUAAAACUGAAUAAAAAAUUGGAAACAAAUCUCUAAGAUUUUUUAGUUUUUAUUUACUAUGUAACUAAGACUACUUAAAAUGGGUACAGUUUGAUAGGGUUUAAUUAAAUAUUAUUUACAAUUUCUAAAUGUAUUUUACAAUUUGAUCAUUACAAAAAUCACAUUUUAUUGGUACCAGAAUUUUAUUUUAAUUUUUUUUUUAAAACCGACACGUCAUCACAAAAUGAACAAUACAGAUCACUUCGUUGACUUGGUAAACAAGUAAACCUCAUUGGAGGUUUGUUAUAAUAAAAAUAUCACAUUCAAGAUUUAAAGUGCUAGUCAAAAACGUUCAGUGUUUAAAGUGCGAGAAUGUAACAGUUUCAGGUUAAAAAUGCGAUAUUCCCAAUAUAAAAGUCUAGAUUAUCAACAUUAUGUAAUUGUGUAUCAAAGUAUAAAAGAAUUUACCUUGAGACUUUCUUGCAAUCCACAAAGCACCGUCUUUCCAUCUGGAUUAGAGCUCAGGCAACGGACUCCAGACGUCUAGCAAAAAUGAAAAUAUUAAAAAGGUAAGAAUGAUAAAUAAGAUGCCAUCAAAUUUGAGUAACAUAAAAGAAGUUGAAUUUUACAGUCCUAUCAGCUGAACCUGUUACCAUAAGCAAAAACAGGAAACUCUGAAAUAUAAACUCUUCACCCACUUGUUGUCUCGGCCAUUUGACAGAAUCAAAUACAUAAACUUACUGUCAAAAGAAACAAACUUUCCAUCACCAAACAGCUCUAUUGCAAAUCUGUGAUUCACUAACCAAAAAAAAAAAGCUUUUGACUUUCACGCUCAAGACAUAUACCUGCGGGAGUAGAAGACGUUGUUGUUCUCGGGAACAAAAACAUCGUAGCUGAGAAUGUUUCCGCCUUUAGAUAUCCCAAGUUAAUAAAAAAUUCCUAAUGAUUUCGGUAAAGAAAAUCACGUGUAUCAUGUCUAAAUAUUUGUGUCAAUAAAUAAAUAAAAGAAGUGCAUAAUUUGAUGAGGAGGGAUUCGUUGACUGGUUAUAAUUUAAUCCCUACCUAUCCAAUAAAACUAUAUUAUCUCGCAGAAAUCAUAGUAGUGGAGCUCAUUUUGCAUUGGUAAAGAAAAUCUCGUGCUGUCGUGCAUUAUGUCUAAUUUAUUUAUUAGCAAAACAAAGUACGCUCAUACAGCUAAUAAGAUUCUAGGGGAGUUAUAUGAACAUUAAAAUCUCGUGUAUCAUUUCUGAAUCUUUUAUUAUUAUGUAAAAGAAAGACGUGCAUAAUCUGAUAAAGAGGAUUCGCUGAAUGAUAUAUAUAUUUUUUAAUUGAGUAAAAGAAAGACGUGCAUAAUCUCUCACCUUGCCCAAUAAAACAUUAACAAUCCUAGUAAUGGACAUCAUGACUCCUUUUCCUCGCAUAGAAAUGCGUUUAUAAAUAAGAACAAUCGCGCAAAGCUAGGUUUCUCAUUCACAAAGUCAAGGAUCUCCCCCACAUGGAUUCUUUCGACUUGCCUCACACUUCAUCUUUUAAGGGAGGAAGCGAAUUAUUUCUUCGGGAUGUGUUUGAGAACAUAUUGAAGACGUACUUGAAAAAGAACCCAACAACGAAAAGAAUAUGGGAACUGGUUCAGUCGGUGGACAAUGAGAAGAUUUGCUACGACCACUUCACUUUCAUGACACUUAAGAUCGAAGGUUAUGGAAUAGACUCUAUGUCCAGUUUCUUCAUGGAUAAUGGAUAUAAAAUAGGAGGUGGGCUUGAUUUUCCAAAGAAGAACCUGCGAGGUCUCUGGUUUUCCCCUCCCGAAAUUAAGAUCCCUGAGGAUGGCCACGGCCUGAGUAAUGGACCCUUACCCCGACUUGUUAUGGGUGAGAUUCUUGUGGACGAAUUAAGCCCUGCAUCACAGGAGAUAAUCAGGAAGUAUCUGAAACCAGCCGGAGGCAAGCAAGCCCUUCUGUCAAGUAUUCUUGGGUCCUUAAUAUGGGAGAAGCCAACUUGGAGCGAAUUUAAGCACAUUGCCGAGGAAAACGAAUUGGCUGCUUGGGCGUUUAUCAACGGCUACACAAUGAACCAUCUUGCGUUUUCUGUUCAUCGACUUAAACACCGUUUCAGUGACAUCAAUUGCAUCAUACGUUAUCUAGAGGAAAAUGGAUUUGAUCUCAACCAGGACGGAGGAGUUCUCAAAGUGAGUACUGAUGGGCUACUGCUACAAGUGUCGUCACUCUCGGAGCAGCUUCCGGUAGAAUUUUCAGACGGCAUAAUCAAAUCGGUCCCUGCUUCAUACAUUGAGUUCACUGAACGUCUCGUUUUGCCACAGUUCGAAGAUCUGCCUCAUGAUCAGAUUAAAGAGAUCCAUAGACGUGAAGACUUUGCACUCAAUAACGCGGACAACAUUUUAGAAAGCUCCCGUUUUAUGUCAGAUGUUUAGAAUCACUUUGGUUUGGUCCAAUCAUGUAUGAAACAUAAAGAGUAUUAAUAAGCUUGGUUUUGUAUGUUAUAAGUAUUAUGUUCAAUCUGUGUGCCUUUCUCUCCAUGAAAACGUGAGUCUCAUGUUGAGUAAUGAUUACUCAUAAGUUUAAUUACAUAUUAUAUAGUAUAAUAAUCUUCUCCUAAUGACCUGCAACAUAUACAAGCGCUGAUUGUUAAAUUUUUUGUUUAAAAUAUUUCUCUCUUUUAAUGAAGUCUGGCAAGUAUUAAGUAGCUAGCAAAAAGCUGCGAAGAAAAGAAGCUUGACGCCAAGAAAUAAAGAAAAAGAAACAGGUAAUCAAGAAUGGGUGAGUUUAUAGUUUCUCAACAAGAAGAAAGAUGUGAUAAUUAAAAAUGAAUUAUAGGGUUGUAAGUCCCUAAGUCACAACUCCAUCUACACUACGUUAAUUAAUCAUAUAUGAUUUUCACGUCUUGUGACUCCUUGUGUUCGCUAGUACGUAGUCUUAUCUUUUUGUUUUUUUUUUAUUUGUUCAUCCUCUGUUUUCACUCGUGGUGCGAGUCAAAAUGUCCUCUAUCUCGGAGAGGAAAGAGAAGAGUAUGAAUAAAAAUCAACCAAAGUUUUCUGCAAUCAAUAUUGUACGGUUUUCGCAAGCCAGUUUUCUGCUCACUAUACGAAGACUUGGUAAAAGGAGUGUUGAAAGAAAAAUAUACGGUUGAUUGGAAACAAUGCAUGACGAAAAAACCCAAUUCAUUGUGAAAUACACUUUCAAAGCUAUUGUC